AGUCAGUAAACAGCGCAGCACCAAAAAAUCUUCUGCCUGAGCAUUUGGUGCUGUAGUACGUUCUAGACUUGUGCUUGAGCUAAUGGCUUGGUUCCUCUUCAGGCAGGGCAGUACUGCAGUGUGGCAUGGCCUGCAAAGCUUGACGGAUCAUGCAGCCAAGGAAUUAUGACCUUGAACUCAUUUCCAGGCAGCGCAAUGAUGCAAGCCUGUGUUGAUGUGAUGUGAUCUGGUGAUAGAUCCGCUGGAGACAGUACAGAGUACAGAGUCGAGAAAAUUAGUUUUGUAAAGUGCAAAAAGCGCAGCGCGCUGCGCUGUACCCCGCCCCGCGAUAGCGUUUACUAUCUCGCAGAGCGGCAGAGCUUGGUCAGCUGUGCGCUGGCAGAUCUUGUGUGUACCAGGUAGAUCUACCGUGUGCGUAUGCCUGGUUCGAUCCGCGAUCGAUCCGGCGAAUGGUAGACCUACGGCCCCUUCGUCAACGGCAACGGGAACGCAGGUUCGAGGUCGUGAUCGUGGGGGUGUGUGCCUGCGCGGCAUCCCUGCGUGGCUGCAGCUUGCUUGGAAUCUCGGCGGUUUCAGGGUUUCUUUGCGCGACUUGCCUUUCCCCUUUCCCCCUCGGUGACUGGCAGCUUUCUGGGCCAUUCUGACCUGGCUGACUUCCUUACUAGUUAGGGUAGCUGGAUUCGGCGAACGCCAGGGCUUCUGUCGACGUGUGCGGAUUUGUGGAAACUGCUGAGCUUCGCAAAUAUGGCCGAGGCCCGUCUGGCAGUUGCAUUCCGGCUGCAAGUCAACGACGAUGGCAACUUGGAAGUGAAUUUGGAUCGGACGUUGGUUUAUCACGUCUUGCUGUCAGUGGUGUAUUCUGCAGUGAAGCGUGUCACGUACACUAGAAAUGUCAUCCUGAGAACCAUCUAUCCUGGAUCCGUAUGGACUUUGCUGGCGCUUCUCUUGGCGUUCUACGUUGCUCAACACCUCACCCCAGACCAGCUGAUUUUGUCUGUAUGGAAGUCGUACGUGCCCGGAUUGUCCUACCUGCCCGAGGCUGUGCAGGGACCGACGGCGGCGCUGCUGCUCGGCGCGUCCGUGUGGACGGUUGCCGUCCUGAUCCAGCGCUAUGCUCUGCUUCUCAUGCUGUCCUACAAGGGGUUUCUGUACGUCCCGCACGGCAAGUCUCCGCUGCACAUCCGCGCCUGGUUCUUUCUGGUGCGCAUGCUGGAGGGGCCGAUCACCCCGACCAUGUACACGUACCAGUCGACUCUGCCCUGCCUGCCCCUGCCGUCGGUGCGCGGCACCUGUGAGCGCUACCUGAAGUCGGUGCGCCACCUUGUGAGCACGGAGCGUUACAAGGAGCUGGAGAAGAUGGCCGGCGAGUUCCAGGGUGGCCUGGGUGCGCGCAUUCAGCGCUACCUGUGGCUCUGGUGGCUGUGCAACAAGAACUACGUCAGUAACUGGUGGAUCAAGUACGUGUAUCUGCGCGGACGCUCGCCGAUCAUGAUCAACUCAAACUAUUACAUCCUAGACCUGGUGGCGAAGCACACUACAUGCCAGGCAGCCCGCGCCAGUCAGGUGAUUAACAUCGUGGCCAGGUACAAGGACAAGCUGGACAACGAGCUAAUCGACCCGAUCAUGAUCCGCGACACCAUCCCGCUGUGCAUGGACCAGUACAAGCGCACGUUCGGCACCACGCGCCGCCCCGGGCACGAGGAGGACAGCCUGGUGCACGUGCCGGCGUCGCAGUCGCAGCACGUGGUGAUCAUGCGCCACGGCCGCUUCUACGAGCUGCCGCUCAAGUGGAACGGGCGGCUGCUGACGCCGCCGGAGCUGGAGGAGCGCGUGCAGCACAUCCUGGACGAGGACCACCUCGACCAGGACGUACCGGUGUCGCACCUGCACCUGCCGGCCAUGACCGGCGUCAAGCGCAAGACCUGGGCCGAGUUCCGCGAGACGCACAUGCUCACCAACCGCAACAACGCGCACGCGCUGGAGCGCAUCGACUCGGCGGCGUUCAUAGUCGUCCUUGACGACGGCGAGCCGGAGAUCAUCGGCGAGAAGCUGUCGGAGUUUGGCCACCAGGGCCUGCACGGCAGCGGCUGCAGCCGCUGGUUCGACAAGUCCAUCGUCUUCACCGUCUACACGAACGCGCGCUUCCACAUCACCGCCGAGCACGCGUGGGCGGAUGCCCCCGUCGUCGCCCACGUCUCCGAGGUGAUCUACACCAACGAGCAGAAGAUGCAGCUGCAAGGGAACUGCUACGACGCCGACGGCCACGCCAUCGGCGAGAAGUCCGCACCGCUACGACCACCGCAGCGUCUGCACUGGGAGUUCAACGCCGCAGCCGGCAAGGUGAUCGAGACGGCGCUCGUCGACGCUCGCAAGCUGAUCGCCGACCUGGACUUGUUCAUCCUGGAUCACAACAGCUUCGGCAAGGACGGCAUCAAGAAAUGCCGCACCAGUCCGGACGCCUUCAUCCAGAUGGCGCUGCAGCUGGCCUACUACCGUGACAUUGGCCACUUCAGUCUGACCUACGAGGCAUCCAUGACGCGCCUGUACUGCAAGGGCCGCACGGAGACCGUCCGGCCGGGCACCGUGGAGUCGAGCGCGUUUGUUCAUGCCAUGCUGGACGCGUCGACGACGGCCGACAAGCGGCGUGCGCUGCUGAACCGCGCCGUCGAGGUGCACCAGGACAACUACCGCAACGCCAUGGCCGGCAAGGGCGCCGACCGCCAUCUGUUCACCAUGUACGUCGUGUCGCAGUACCUCAAGGAGAAGUCGCCUUUCCUCGACGCCGUCCUUGGCGAGCCCUGGCGACUGUCCACAUCCCAAACGCCCGAGUCCCAGACCAAACAGUCCAUAUUCCUCCUGCGCAAGGGCCCGGGAGAGUUCUAUUCGCCCGGCGGUGGUUUUGGACCAGUCGCCGAUGAUGGCUACGGUGUAUCGUACAUUCUCUCAAACGACCGCAUCUUCUUCCACAUUUCGUCAAAGCAUUCGGCCCCGGUAACUAGCUCGCAGCGCUUUGCGGAGAACAUCCAGCGGGCUAUGAGCGAGGUACGCGCCCUGUGUGACACGAAGGCUGCACCGAGCAAGCCCCAGUGAUGUGUGCCUGCCUGCAGCCAGCCCGGCUGCGGCUUCUGGCAUAGAGGACAAAGUUGUAACCGAAUCUGACUACUUGGUGUGACAUGAACAACAACCCUUGGCGCUUGAUGGGUUAUGUAUUAGCCCAUAUAGGGAAGAAUUCUCCUUGAUGUUCAUACAGAUUUUUUAUUAUUAUUUAUUAUUUACACGACUAUUCUCUAGUGCAUAAAAUAUAGUUUCUCUUGUUCUAAUCGAGAGUGCAGUGCCACAACGCUUUUCUUUUCUUUUGCCAUGCUGCCCCACGCUGAAUCUCUUACGCGCACCUCUUUGGGCAGUUCAUAAUUCUCUGUUAGCACUACAACGGUGGUUCGUUUUGCUUCAUCUUCACAUCUUGAUGGGAGCCUCUGGCUCUGGCUUCAUUGACCCUCUUUGCAAAGUUUCUAUGUGGCUGCAUGUUCUUUUGGCGACCGAAAUGUUGCAAUGUGCCAUACCUAACCUUAUCCAGAAUGAA